AUGAAAUUCAUUCAUAGUUUUGCCAUUGUGUUUACCUGUUUGGUGAUGGCCACAUUAUUUGUUGGUCCACCAGCACCUGUUGAAGCUAAAAAGAAAAAAUUAUUGACAGCCAUUUUAUUAGGUGCUUUAUUGGGUUCAAAACAAAAAUUGAUGCCAUUACCAUUACCAUUGCCGAUUCCAUUGCCAAUCAAACAUGAAAAAGUAAUUCCAUAUCCAGAACCAUAUCAUUAUCCAGUGUAG